AAUAGACGGGUCCGGGCCCAAAAGUCUCGAUACAAAUGGGCCCAAAUUGAGAACAUGUUUCAGGAUAACAGAUUUCCUGGGUGAUUGCCAAAACAAAAACCCUCGCUGCCAUUGUUAUAGGCCCCAAGCUCUGUAGCUCCGCAGUGAGUCGAAGGUGGAAAUACAGAGCAGAAAUGAAUGCAUUCAAGGCUUACAAAGCAUGUGUUCCAAUUGCAUGGAGCCCCAACUUGUACAUAACCUUGGUGAGGGGAAUACCAGGAACCAGGAGACUUCACAGGCGUACAUUGGAGGCAUUGCGCCUUCGCAAGUGUAAUCGGACUGUUAUGAGAUGGAACACUCCAACUGUCAGAGGAAUGCUUCAACAGGUUAAGAGAUUGGUGGUGGUUGAGACCGAGGAGAUGUAUAAAGCGCGUAAACAGAAGGUUGCAGACCACUGCGCUUUACGUCCCCCAUUGGUUGUAAGCCACCUCCCUGCUCCAAGAAGCGAUUCUUCUCAGUGAUCUAUUUCGCUUAGGUUAGUUCCCAUGUCUUCCAUAUGGACUGUUACAAUAGUAUGCUGAGUUGGUAUUGCAUACUGUGGCCAAUUGUACGUGGUGUUAAUUAACCCAACUGUUUAUGGUUGUGGGAUAGCCUAUGGUCAGCUAUUAGCCGUGGAAAACUCUCAUGUCUCAUGUGAUGGUGAUGUGGCUGAGAAUUAGUGAGGGUAGUACAAGAAAUACAAUAUUUAUCCAUCUUUUAAUGCAACCAGGGAGAUCUACGGUUCUUAUUA